GUUCUUUGUUCUUUUCAUGUAUUGAAAAAUGAAUCCGUUCGUUUUAUUUUAAUAGGUUUUGAUUCAAGCUUCGUGUUUUUUGCUCCUCAAUUUCAUGUUUAGAGGAAAGGAAUUGUGGGUAGAUUAGGUUUUAGAUAAACAUUUUUUGUGAGAUAGAAGAAAAUGGCUUCUGGGUUGGAACCUAUACCCGUUACUUCUCAGAAACAUGACCCGGCAUGGAAACAUUGUCAGAUGUUCAAACAUGGUGAUAAAGUUCAGCUUAAAUGUAUGUAUUGUGGGAAAAUUUUUAAGGGUGGAGGGAUUCAUAGGAUUAAGGAACAUCUUGCCGGUCAGAAAGGAAAUGCAUCUACCUGCUUGAGAGUUCAGCCUGAUGUUCGCCUCUUAAUGCAGGAGAGUUUGAAUGGGGUUGUAGCGAAAAAGAGGAAGAAGCAAAAACUUUCUGAGGAGAUGACCAAUUAUAUUCCUCCGCAGCCAAUUGAGGCUGAGGCUUUAGUAGUUGAUAAUAAUGAUCAUAAUGAUAAUAACAAUAAUCAGUGUGCAUUGAACUCUGAAGUGUCAUUGGCUAUGGUUCAGAUAGAAGAUGAAUCGAAUUCUUUGAUUUUGGUGAGAGAGGAUGAUAAUGGUGUUAAAGAUGGAGGAAGAAGGAAAAAAGGGAGAGUAAGGAAAGCAUCUCGUUCUUCGGCUGCUAACAAUGUUGUUUUGAAUGGGGUAAAUAUGGUUAAGAGGAUAAAUAGUGAUGUUAGUACAGCUGUAGGUAGAUUCUUUUACGAAGUGGGGAUUCCUUUAGAUGCUUUAAAUUCAACUUCUUUUCAGCAAAUGGUUGAUUCAAUUGCUGCACAGGGGGUGGGAAUGACUGUUCCACCUUCUUAUCACGAUCUUCGUGGUAUUGUAUUGAAGAAUUCACUUCAAGAAGUCAGGAACGAUGUUGAUCAGUGCAUGGGUACAUGGGGAAAGAACGGAUGCACUCUUUUGGUGGACGAAUGGGUCUCUCAGAAAGGAAAGAUAUUCGUCGAUUUUCUAGUGUAUUGUCCUCAAGGGACGACGUUUUUGAGGUCUGUUGAUUUAUCAGUAUCAAUUGAUUCCCCAGACUUUCUUUAUCUCUUGCUUAAAGAAGUAGUGGAAGAGAUUGGCGAAAGGAAUGUCUUGCAAGUGGUUACGUUUAACCAAGAAAGAUACUCUGUAGCAGCAAAGAAGCUAACCGACGAUUUACCAACAAUUUUUUGGACUCCGUGUGCAGCUCAUAGUGUUGAUUUAAUUCUUCAAGAUUUCAGCAAGCUUGAUUGGAUAAACACGAUAACUGAGCAAUCCAAGUCUUUAUCUAGAUUUAUCCACAAUCACAGUGUUGUUUUGAAUAUGAUGAGAAGGUACACUUACGGUGUUGAUUUGAUUGACAUAGGAUGUACCCGUUACUCAACAGACUUUAUGACAUUGAAAAGAAUGUUGGCAAUUAAACAUAAUUUGCAAUCAAUGGUUACAUCUGAGGAAUGGAUGGAAUCUCCGUUUUCAAAGACUCAAGGUGGCCUUGCCAUGUUAGAUUGUAUUAGCAGUUCGUCGUUCUGGUCUUCAUGCGCCUUAAUAGUCCAGUUAACCGAGCCAGUUUUAAGGCUGAUCAGAAUUGUUAGUAGUGAAAAGAGGCCUGCUAUGGGAUAUUCUUAUGCAGCGAUUUAUCGGUUGAAAGAGUUGAUUAAGAAGUUGCUUGUUGAUAAAAAGGAUUAUAUGGUGUAUUGGAAUAUUAUAGACGAUAGAUUAGGUCAACUUCAGUAUCAUCCUCUUCUUGCAGCUGGUUUUUACCUUAAUCCUAAGUAUUUCUACAGUGUAGAAGGUGACGUACACCAUCAGAUCAGAUCGUCUGUGUAUGAUUGCAUUGAGAAACUUGUUUCAGACCCUAAAAUUCAGGACAAAAUUGUGAAAGAGACAACGUCUUAUCUGAAUGCUGUUGGAGAUUUUGGGCGGAAAAUGGCUGUCAGAGCUAGAGAUACUUUACUUCCAGAUGAGUGGUGGUCAACAUAUGGAGGGGGGUGUCCAAAUCUGGCUCGUUUGGCAAUCCGCAUACUCAGUCAAACUUGCAGUUUGAACAUGUGUAAGCCGAAAAGGACUUCCAUUGAGCAAAUGAGUGAAACAAAGAACUGCCUUGAGCAUCAGAGGCUUGGCGAUCUUGCUUUCAUCCAAUACAACUUGCAACUCAGGCAAAUGAGUAGUAGGAAGAACAGAGAACAACAGGAGGCAGUUGACCCCACUUCAUAUGAGAAUAUCGGUGUUUCAGAAGACUGGGUUAUGGUGAAGGAAGAAUGCUUGGAUGAUUAUGCCAGCUCCGAUUGGAUGGCAGUUGACCCACCCAUUGGAAACCCAACACUUUUAGGUCCAGCAACUGAUGACGUGGAAGAACUGGGUACUGGAUUCGAGGAUUAUGAGAUUUUUGAAGGGGUUAAGGAAUGUAGAGAGGAUAAUGAUGAAAGAUAGCAAAGAUAAGGUAUCCCCAUCAGCUUGCUUGAGUAAUUUUGGUUAGAAAUUUUGUUUACUUCCUCAAUCUCCUGUUAGUUUUCUUACUAUUUUUGGGGCCAACUUUUUGGGUGGGGUGGUGAGUGUAUUUAGUUGAUGGGUGAUAUGGCAUUAUUGUAAUUAUGUAGAGGAUUUUGUUUUUGCUUAGAAUUAAGUAGAGUAAUUUCAUGUUGUAUGGCAUAGAAGGGUUGUAGCCUUAUGUUAUUGAAUCCAUUUAUUCAUUAUAGGUGCACCAUAAAUUGAUUUUUCUCAA